UGACUGCUCACCGGUGGCGGAGGCGACACCCGCAGCGCAACCCCCAAAAGCCCGCAGCCAAAUUCCCCAACCCACACAACUCCACUCUCCAGUAAGCUCCGCCUCCCCCCUCCUCCUCGAUCUUCUCCUCCAAUUCGUUCUGCUGCGGGAAUCGCUUGCCGAUCGAUCAGAUCGGAUCGCUCCACCGCUAAUCUAUAUACAUACAUACAUACUACUGCUUGCUGCUUGUCAUGCCGCGCUUAGGUUUUUUCCGGUCCAAAGGGUUAGGGUUUCGGGAUGUCGGACCGGCAGCCGUCGGAGGAGCCGGAGGAGCAGGUGGACCUGGAGGGGGACGACGACGGCAUGGACGACGACGACGGGUACCGCCGCCGCGGCAACCGGGACGACUCGGAGGAGCCCGAGGAGGAGGACUACAAUGAGGAGCGCCAGCCCGAGGGUGACGCUGGGAUGGCGGCGGAGCCGGCCGCGGGAGGGGGCAGCGGCGGCGACGACAUGGGCAAGGAGGGAGCUGGCGACGGGCCCGAGGACGAGGAGGAGAAGAGGAAGUGGGAGGAGCUGCUCGCGCUGCCGCCCCACGGCUCCGAGGUCUUCAUCGGCGGCCUGCCCCGCGACAUCACCGAGGAGGACCUCCGCGAGCUGUGCGAGCCAUUGGGUGAAAUCUACGAGGUGAGGCUGACCAAGGAUAGGGAGACAAAGGAGAACAAGGGUUUCGCCUUUGUCACGUUCACGGACAAGGACGCCGCGCAGCGUGCGAUCGAGGAUGUGCAAGAAAGGGAGUACAAGGGGAGGACUUUGCGGUGCUCAUUGUCUCAGGCAAAGCACAGGCUAUUUGUUGGGAAUGUGCCCAAGGGGCUGAGUGAGGAGGAACUGAGGAAUAUUAUCAAGGGGAAGGGGCCAGGUGUUGUCAACAUUGAGAUGUUUAAGGAUCAGCAUGACCCAAACCGUAACCGUGGCUUCCUCUUUGUUGAGUAUUAUAACCAUGCCUGCGCUGACUAUGCCAAGCAGAAGCUUUCAUCACCAAACUUCAAGGUUGAUGGAAGCCAAUUGACUGUCAGCUGGGCAGAACCUAAGGGUUCAACAGAUGCUUCAUCUGCGGCUGCUCAGGUGAAGACUAUAUAUGUGAAGAACCUACCUGAGAAUGCUUCUAAAGAGAAGAUUAAGGAACUGUUUGACAAGCAUGGAGAGGUCACAAAAAUCGUCCUGCCACCUGCCAAGGCUGGGCAUAAGAGGGAUUUUGGAUUUGUUCAUUUUGCUGAAAGAUCCAGCGCACUGAAGGCGGUUAAAGGAAGUGAAAAAUAUGAAAUUGAUGGUCAAGUACUGGAAGUAUCCAUGGCCAAACCUUUGGCAGAUAAGAAACCUGAUCAUUCACACAGGCCUGGAGGAGGCCCUAGUUAUCCUCUUCCUCCUUAUGGUGGCGGCUACAUGGGAGAUCCGUAUGGUGCAUAUGGUGGCGGUGGUCCUGCAUACAACCAGCCAAUGAUAUAUGGUAGAGGACCAGCACCGGCAGGAAUGAGGAUGGUACCAAUGGUGCUUCCUGACGGCCGUCUUGGCUAUGUCCUGCAACAGCCUGGUGGAAUGCAGCCUCCACCCCCACCUCGGAGGGGUGGUGACCGGAGGGAUGGUAGCAGAGGCGGUGAAGGGAGCCACAGCCGGCGAUAUCGCCCUUACUAGCAUUUUCCCUUGGGGUGCUCGACUUCAUCGCACUGUGUGAUGGAUUUGUUAACUUAUGAGAUAGGAGUCUGCGUUCUUGUUCCAGUAUAAGGCCUGCAAUGGCAUGGGGCUUGUACCAUCUGUUUUUUGGUCAACUUAUUUCUGUCAUGCAGUGGAUGUGACUCAUAAACUUGGCUGGCGCUUUGUAUCCACUUGGCACCUGUAGCGGUGAGCUGAGUGUCUAUGGACUCCUGGUUGGAGCUUCGUUGGCUUAGAAUAUGCAUGUUUUUUCUGCCUUCAUGAACGUGUCGGGAUAAACUGAUAGACCAAGUAUCUGUGUUCUGUGUGAGAUCCAGUUGGAGCGCUGUUGGACUUGCUUUCAGAAGAAUUCUUGCUGAAUUGAGCCAGUGUCUUGUUA